UCUCUCUCUCUCAAAACUUUGUAAAAAAUUAAAGUUGUCUUUUUAAAGUUGGUUCUCAUCCCACUCUAUAUAUACACACACAAUUGUUCUCAUCCCACUUUACAUGUAAAUAUACAUAAAAAGAAUCGAAACGUUGGACUCUAAAGCUACUAAAAACGCCAUGAAUUGCCCACAGGAUUGGCCAGAGCCAAUAGUCCGAGUACAAUCCUUAUCCGACAGCUCCGUAAUCCCAGAUCGAUACAUCAAGCCCCCACCCGAUAGACCCACCUAUAUCUCAUCAUCCGAUAUUUCUGAUCAUGCCAACAUCCCAGUUAUUGACUUACAAGGCUUAUCCGGCGAGGACGAUCGCCUGCGUGCCGCCACGCUUAGCCAAAUCUCCGAGGCCUGCCGUGAGUGGGGGUUCUUCCAAGUGGUGAACCACGGCGUUAGCCCGGAACUGAUGGACAAAACCCAGCAGGUUUGGCGGGAUUUUUUCCAUUUGCCGAUGGAGUUGAAGCAGGUCUAUGCCAACUCACCAAAGACUUAUGAAGGGUAUGGAAGUAGGCUUGGAGUUGAGAGAGGCGCCAUUCUUGACUGGAGUGAUUACUAUUUCCUUCACUAUCUUCCAUCCUGCUUGAAGGACUACAACAAGUGGCCUGCCCUCCCUGAUUACGGACGGGAAGUAAUAGAUGAGUAUGGAAAGGAGGUAGUGAAGCUUGGUGGGAGGAUAUUGAAGGCUUUGUCACUAAACCUUGGAUUAGGAGAAGACUUUCUCCAAAAUGCAUUUGGUGGCCAAGACAUUGGGGCAUGUCUAAGGACCAACUUUUAUCCAAAGUGCCCCCAGCCUGACCUGACCCUGGGCCUGUCGUCGCACUCGGACCCCGGCGGCAUGACCAUUCUGCUGGCCGACCAACAAGUCCCUGGUCUACAAGUCCGGAAAAAUGGCACUUGGAUCACGGUGAAACCAGCUCCACACGCUUUUAUUGUCAAUAUUGGUGAUCAAAUUCAGGUCUUAAGUAAUGCAACAUACAAGAGCGUAGAGCACAGGGUGAUCGUAAACCCGGCAAAAGAGAGACUCUCGUUAGCCUUCUUCUACAAUCCAAAGAGCGACAUACCAAUUGAGCCGGCGAAGGAGCUUGUAACACCGGACAAACCUGCACUGUAUUCUCCAAUGACAUUCAAUGAAUACAGGCUUUACAUAAGAUUGAAUGGCCCUCGAGGAAAAUCUCAAGUCGAAGGCUUAAAGUCUCAACAAAAUACAUCAUGACACUAGUAGUUUUCUUCAUUGUAAAUUACGUAAAUAUAUGCAGCGAUAUCUUUGUGAAUGUGUUGCUUCCAUUGAGCUAAUUGUACAUCUUGUAAUCAUGAAAGGAUGAGAAUAUGAUCAAGGAGUUGUGUUGUUGGUUUAUUAAAAUUAGUGAAUGUUAAUGUAUCUACGAGGAUUCAAAUUGCAUCUAAUGACACGUGACAAGGCUAUUUUGUCUUACCUUGUCACAAUGAUUGUGGUAACUGGUAACAAUAAAAUACUUUGACAUACAUGAUAUA